AUGGACCUCAACAACCUGUCAGCAAACUGGAAGAAAUUACAAGCGACCCUAGGCACCACAGCUGAGAGCACCCACGCCAAGUCCUCAAAGCAUGGCGUGAAACGUAAGAGGGAAGUCCUGCAAUAUAUCGCGCCCAAGUCUUCCGCAGACGCCCCCAAAUCCAGGAAGAGACCACGCACUCACAGGGCCAUGGCUCUCGAAGGCGACGGACCAAGCAAAUCGCUUUCAAUCCAAGAGCUAGAAAACUCCGACAACCUUCCUCGUCCACGACUUCCUACUCGGCGGCCAUCGCAGACAAUCAACGCUGGGCUAUCUCCCGAGGUAGAAAUCGGCAGGUAUGUCGCUCUCGACUGCGAGAUGGUCGGCGUUGGACCGAAUCCAGAAAGAGAAUCCGCACUCGCUCGUGUCAGCAUUGUCAAUUACAAUGGCGACCAAGUCUACGAUUCCUACGUUCUCCCACUCGAGGCCGUCACAGACUACCGAACACAUAUCAGUGGGAUAUCACACCAUCACAUGAAAUCCGCAAGACCGUUUAAGGAAGUUCAGGUGGAAGUGGCGAAGAUCCUAAAAGACAGGGUUAUAAUUGGACACUCCAUACGGCAUGAUCUUGAAGCGUUGAUGAUCAGCCAUCCUCAGCGAGAUGUCCGGGAUACCGCUCGCCAUCCGCCUUAUCGAAAGAUGGCAGGAGGUGGAUCGCCUCGAUUGAAGAUCUUGGCGUCAGAAUUGUUAGGCUUCGAGAUACAGCAGGGCGAACAUUCAAGUGUAGAAGAUGCUCGGGCGUGCAUGCUGCUGUUUCGAAAAGACAAAUCAGCGUUCGAACGGGAGCAUUCAAAGCGAUGGCCGACACAGUCUUCUGAAAAACACCAAGACGCGGAAAACCAGACGAAACCUCGCAAACACAAGAAAAAGAAAAAGAAAAAGAAAAAGCAUUAA